UGAUCCUAUUGAGUCAGUCUUCAGUGAGACAGCAUUGAGAGAGGAUCAUGCGGCGGACAAUCUCUUUAUCCCAUCAACUCCACUGGCAACUAUCAUCUUCAUCAUCAUCAUCAUCAGCAUCCUAUAGAUCCAACCGAUCCCAGUUGAGGAAUGAUGUCAGCAAACAACACCACUGGGUCAACACAGGUGGACGACUAUACCUGCGUGCGCUUUUACGUGUCCACCGUGUCCUUCUCGGUGCUGCUCUUCUUCAACCUCGUCAUCAACUGGACCAUAGUGCGCGUGAAGCGGCUCCGGAGUCACGCCCGCUUCGUGCUGGUGUUCCACCUGCUGGUGUCCGCCCUGGUUCACCUGGGGAUGAGCAGCGUCUUCUACUACCAGAUCCACCUGGAGGCGCGGCCGGUCCGCUCCGCGUGCCUCGCCAUGAUCACCGUUUUGAUCAGCAGCGCCUCCAACAUCCUGCUGACGCUCACGGCGAUGGCUUUGGACCGCUACUGCGCGGUGUGCCACCCGAUGCGCUACACCUCCGCCUGCGCCUCGGGCCGCUGGCCCUGGCUGCUGGGCGCGCUCACCUGGCUCGUGGCUUUGGUGAUCCCCCUCAGUCUGCUCCUGCAGCCGGACUCCCGGGCUUAUAACGGGGCGUGCGGCCGGGAUCAGCUGAGGAAAGGAUGGCUGCAGAAGGUGCUGUUCAUAGGUUUGUGCACGCUGCUCAUCAUGUACAGCUACGUGCGGAUACUGGUGGAGGGGCGGCGGUUGGGGGUGGUGAACCGGCGCAACCGGGCCGGGUGCAGGACGAUCGCGCUGCACGGGAGCCAGCUGGCGGUUUACAUCCUCCCCAACUUUGUGAACUCCGUGCUGACGGUGUUGAUCAACCGGAGGCUCAUCCAGCCGGAGACCAAAGAGCUGUCGGCCGUGGUUAUCUUUGCUUUCUUCAGCUUUGCGCAGUGCGUUGCGCCGGUUGUUUACGGUUUGCGUAAAGAGGAACUUCUGGAGCAGUUGAGUCACAGGUUCCCCUGCUGUUCCCGAUACUUGAAGAGUUUCCUCGGCUGGACUGUGCGCGCCAGUUGGCCACACACCCAACACAUAACACGGGAGCGAACACUGACAGCACAGACGAUCAUCUCCCUACAGGUCUCACAAGUCCCAGAGGAGGAGAAAACGAGGCCAAUGUCGGGUCAGGAGUUCCUCACAUGACUGAGACGCAUGUCAAGGAUACUGACUUUGCUUGAUGGGGAAAAAAGUAGUUCCAGGAUCCUGACCACCACAUCAGGAACAUUUGGAUAAGUGGCUCAGCUCGGACCGGAAAGGAACUAAAGGAACCGCCUUGGACACGAUAAUCCUGUAUAAGGUUUCUUCCGCACCAGAGGAGGCUAAGAUCUGAUCUUGCAUCAUUGUCACACCAUCACAAGACAUCAGCACGUUGCUCUAUUUGUGACCUUUUAUCAGUGGAGCACUCAUGCUGAUUCACAUCGGAGUGGAAAAUCAGUGUGUCGGUGGCCAACAGCAGAAGUCAGCAUGGGCUUCACAAGAAGUGGGUAGUGUUCUUCUGGUACAUUUUCCUGGCUGGUCCACGGAUUUAAGCAUCAGGUCCUCGGGUCUCUGACCUCAAGGCCACGAACGGCCCUCCACCGGGAUAGAGGAUACACUUCAACAUAUUGUCUGGGGAAAUGUUUCCACGUGUUCUUAACCUUGAGUUAAUAAUGGCCACUUGAAUAUUUCCAGCAGCACCCUUAAAACCCAGAGAGGGGAGGACACACGUGCUUCGCUUUCUCUAAUUUGCUGAGAAUUACAUGAGAAGAUCGACGGCACUCUCUAAGAUCUUUAUGGGGACGGAUGGACAACAACGUUGUUGGUUUCGAGUAUCAAUAAGAGCAAAAUCAAGAUGAUUGAUACCCAAAAAAAAUGGAUCUAUCUCACGGACGAUGACGUUCUGGGCACAUGAACGCACAGCAGUCAUCUAGUUAGUUCAUUUCAACACAAAGAAAAACAUUUAUUUAACAUUAAAGGCAUUUUUUCACAUUUUAACAUUCAUGUGAUUAAGUAAUAAACAAAAUAGUGAGGAAAAUUUGGUGGUAAUUCAAUAUUUUCAGAGGUAAACAAAUGACACAUUUCUCUCCACCUGAUACAUCAGCUGCUCUAAAUAAUAAAUGACAAAUAUGAACAUCAAUAUCAUGGUCCGGCUCUGGUAUGUAUUUGAUCAAAACCAAACUAAGCUGAAAGGGAAAAGUUGCCAUCUUUUUUUGUGUUUGUCCAAUCAGUGUCGGUUUUAAAUGUAGUGGAUUGAAGUGCGUUGUUGAACAGUUGCUGCUGAGCUCGUCAGUUUGGUUUUAGUCAGAUGGCGAAACACAUUCUGGGGAAAUUCUCAAAGCUUGAACCGCAGCGCCUGUGAGGAGCCAGCACCGCCCUCACCAUAUCUCAGUCUCGCACCCAGCAGCAACACUUAAGUCAAAGUGCAUACAUGUGAGCAGGAUGGAGGUUCCUGUUAGUUCAAAUGCAGUUAAGUGUUAAUACCCUGGAAGAGAGAACUGAAAGCUAUGUUGCAAGUUGUUGUGCUUAGAACAGAAACAGGAAGUCAGUUUUGUGGGAAGGUGAGUAGAAAUGCAUCAAACGGGGGUUUUCGUUAUCUAUUUUUUGCCGAGUUUCAUUAAUGUUUUUACAAGUUACAAAAGCUUGAACAAGGAGACACUAGAAAUAAAUAUUUAAGAAUCUGGACUUUACAGAGACAAGAGUUGUUUUGAAACUAUAUUCAAGAGACAGGGACACAGACAGAUGAAUAGAUACUUUAUUUAUUAGUCCCAACAGGUAGAACCAAAAAGCUCAAAGUAGAUCUGCACAAACAAUGACUCCAAACAGUCGAGUCACUAUCGGAUAACACAAGAGGCAUUUGAUCACAUCGGUUAUUCAAGCACGUAACCAACUUAAAAGCAGCAGUUUGUCACUGUACGAGUUACAAAAAGGAAAGAAUGUGCAGAUCUAGUUCAAGUUUUAUGGUGGCUUUGACAGCAGAUUAAAACAAGAAAUGACUUCUUUAAAGUACCAGGUAUGUAGACUAACAGUUAAUAUCUUAUAAUUACAGUUAAU